AUGACGGGGACCUCGUCCGUUUUGCACAGCGCGAAGGGCGGGCGCGUGGGCCUGGUCAAUGUGGGGAACACGUGCUUCAUGAAUGCGGCACUGCAGUGCUUGAGCCACACCGACAGCCUCACCGCCUACUUCCUCCGCGGCGAGUGGAUGCACGAGGUGAAUGAUACGUCGAGGGAUGGAUCUGGCGGAGCAGUCGUGCGCGAGUACUCUGCCCUGCUCGAGCGUCUGUGGGUGGGCGAGGCGAGCACGCACAAGCCGGCAGCCUUCAAGGCGACGCUCUCACGCUUCGCGCCUCAGUUUGAGGGGUAUCGUCAGCACGAUGCGCAGGCCGGCUCUACCUGCCCCGUAACCCCCGGCCGCCUCUACCUGCCCCCACACCCUCGCCGCCGCAACGUAACCGGCGCCACCCAGCCACCGACCACCACACCCACCGCCCAUAACGCACGCGCCCCUUGCCCCCGCGUGCGCCAGGGCCAACUCAAAUCUGUGCUGCGCUGCUCCGUCUGCGGCGCGACGCGCACCAAGUUUGACCCGUUCAUGUACCUCUCACUGCCGAUGCCGCGAGUCGGCGCCGGCGAGGUGCUGACGCUCGAGCGUUGCUUGCGCGAGUUUAUGCGUGAGGAGCGGCUCGACGGCGACAACUUGUGGCGCUGCUUCUGCUGCAACGACUUCCGGCCCGCCACAAAGACGCUCUCUAUCUGGAAGCUCCCCUCGCACCUCGUCGUCCACCUCAAGCGCUUUGGCGCCGUCGCCAGCGGCCCUCGCGCCACCGCGCAGCCCCGCGCUCGUGAGCGGCAGGGCUGUCGUUAG